AUUUCUCCGUGGAUUCCUGCCUAUGAACGUCGUGGACCGAUGCGGCUUCACCCACAGCAGAGAAGGAGCGCGUUUUUCCCACUCAGAGCCACGGAAAACGGCCCGCAUAGCCACCCACUCCACGCAGGACGCUCCUUUUCUACAUCCGCGCCUCCGACCGGAAUAAAUAACAGAGGAAUGUGGAGAAUACAGAAUGCCCCACAGCGCUGGAAAGAGAUUUAAAGCCACCAAAUACAUCCCGGUGUCCACCGCUGCCACGCUCCUGGUGGGAGCCACCACUUUAUUUUUCGUUUUCACGUGUCCCUGGUUGAUGAAGGUGAUCUCCCCCGCUGUGCCUCUCUACAAUGGCCUGGUUUUCCUCUUCGUCUUGGCCAACUUCAGCAUGGCCACUUUCAUGGACCCUGGGAUUUACCCCCGAGCUGACGAAGACGAGGAUAAGGACGACGACUUCCGAGCUCCGCUUUACAAAAACGUGGAGAUCAAAGGCAUCCAGGUCCGGAUGAAGUGGUGUGCCACCUGCCACUUCUACAGGCCGCCUCGAUGCUCGCACUGCAGCGUCUGCGACAACUGCGUGGAGGACUUUGAUCAUCACUGCCCCUGGGUGAACAACUGCAUUGGUCGGAGGAACUACCGUUACUUCUUCCUCUUCUUGUUGUCGCUGAGCGUUCACAUGGUGGGAGUUUUCUCCUUUGGGCUCAUCUUUGUCCUCCACCACAGAGAGAAGCUGGGAGGACUUCACACCACUGUCACCAUGGUGGUGAUGAGUAUAGCAGGGCUGUUCUUCAUUCCGGUUCUGGGUCUCACUGGUUUCCACAUGGUGCUUGUUGCUCGGGGGCGAACAACCAAUGAACAGGUGACGGGCAAGUUUCGUGGGGGAGUAAAUCCAUUCACCAAGGGUUGCUGUGGCAACGUGGAGUAUGUCUUAUGCAGUCCCCUGGCACCCAGGUAUGUGACGGACCCCAGGAGGAAACCCCACGUCAAAAUCCAGCCUCCAUUCAUCAGACCGGACCUCUCCGACAGACAGAUCACCAUCAAGGUCAGCGACAACGGCAUGCACAGCACCAUUAUCAAGUCCAAGUCGAAAAGCAGCAUUGACGGCCUGGACGGCAGAGAAACCCAGCCGCCCCUGCCUCCCAAAGCUGAUAGGUACAACCAGCUGAAAGGCCAGCUGACCUCCAGCGAAGGUACGAACCUCAGAGAAAGUUCAUUGUCUGGAAAGACCCACCCUUCUACUCCAGCUAUGUACAGAUUCAGGCCAUCUUUUGGCACCAUGCCGAAAGUCCACUACCACACCGCUGAAGACAAGAUCAUCAUGCCAGAUGACCGAAAGAAUUCAGCCAUCUUAGAGGAAGGAGUACGAGGUCAUGACUACCGAUCUGAGCCGAACCUCGAUCUGCCAGAGUACGCCAACGCUCCGCUCCACCGCACUUUCCAGUCCUCGCCUCACCAGCUAGACUCGGAUCCUGUCAACUCUCGCACGCUCAGCCUGAAGCAAGGUCACCGUCGGCUGGAAAAGGGCCAGCUGCAGGCGCUGCCACCCCAGACGGUUGUUUCCACGCCUUACAAGGGCGUUUUCUCACCACACACCCUCUCUAACCGCAAUGGCAGUCUGUCCUACGACAGCUUGCUCAACCCCAGCAUCUCUCCAGCCAGCGCCGGCGAAUGCAUGGCCCACCGUGGGAUGCCGUCUGUGGGAUUCCAUUCACCUUACCUGCCCACCAAAAUGUGCCACAUCCGGGAGUCUGAGAUCCACAGACAACAGGUUGCUCAAACUUACAGUCCAGUGAUGCCGCCCAGAGGGAUAGGCAGACAAUCCCCCCACCUGAGGGACAGGGAGCCGUCUCCUGUGCGCUACGAUAACCUCUCCCAGACCAUCAUGGCUUCCAUCCAGGAAAGGAAAGAGAUGGAAGAGAGGGAGAAGCGGCAGAUGCUGCGCGGACGCUCCCAGACCCAUUUGUAUGCCCAGGAUUCUGGUGUGUUCGAUGCAGGUUAUGGCCUGCCUGCAAACACCGGCUACUGCGAUGGACCUCGCGGGCCCGGAUCUAGAGGCCCAACACCCCCGGCUUACGGAGGCUCCAGGGAGAACCUGAUGGGCGUUGGGAUGGUGAACUACGGCCAAAGAACCCCUGUGUUGCGCCACGCUGGUUCCACUCUUGGCCGGGCCCCCAGGACUUCAUCCACCUCUUUACACACAGAUCACAGUAGCUCUAACAGCAGCCAGGGCAGGGCCCCCGGCCACGAGGGCUCCUAUCGCUCCCCCGCCCAUAACCCCCACUCCCCAGCAAUGCCCCGAUCCCCCUCCUACUCCCACCAGAAACUCUCCUACAUCAGUGCUCACGAGAGGACAGGCUCCCCUCGUCUCGGGGGCCAGAGAGAGGCCAUGAAAGCUAACGGGCAGAUGGACUGCCACCUGAGUCCUGGUCGGCACGGUAACGUCAAAAAGGUGACAGGAGUUGGAGGCACCACGUACGAAAUAUCCGUUUGAGCGACAAGGACAAACCCUUCAGCUUUUACCGACGCCGCUCUCCUGCGGUGAAACCUCACUUUUGUCCAAUCAAGGGGUUGUUAGUGUGUUUUAAUCGUCCAGUCAGAGGAGAACAUCGCGUGAGGCUGCCAAAAACAAUUCAGGAUGAAUCCGUGCUGAUAGAGAAGGAGAGAAAACCAAAAGAGAAAAAGAAA